CGACGGGUAGUGGAGGACUACAGGGCAGGCAUCAUACCCCCAGGUCUAACGGAGGACGAGCUGUGGACCACUCCGGCUGUGCUGUUCUGGCAGUGGGUCAACCAGUCCUUCAACGCCAUCGUCAACUACACCAACCGCAGCGGGGAUGCACCCAUCACCCCCAGCCAGCUGGGAACAGCCUAUGUGAGCGCAACCACGGGGGCAGUUGUCACAGCACUGGGGCUCAAAUCUCUCACCAAGCACCUGCCAGCCAUCAUCGGCCGGUAUGUGCCUUUUGCGGCUGUGGCUGCUGCCAACUGCAUCAACAUCCCGCUGAUGAGGCAGAGAGAGCUCAAGCUGGGGAUCCCCAUCACGGAUGAGAACGGGAACCGUCUGGGCGAGUCCACGGCCGCAGCCCAGAAGGCCAUUUUCCAGGUGGUGGUGUCCCGCAUCGGCAUGGCAGCCCCUGCCAUGGGGGAGUCCAUCCCCCCAGUGAUCAUGAACAUGCUGGAGAAGAGAGCUUUCCUGAAGCGGUACCCGUACCUGAAUGCUCCCCUGCAGGUCGGCCUCGUGGGACUCUGCUUGGUGUUUGCAACCCCGCUGUGCUGCGCACUCUUCCCGCAGAAAAGCUCCAUGCCCGUGAGCCGCCUGGAGCCUGAAGUCCAAGCUCAGAUACAGGAGAAAGACCCACAGCUGGAGACCGUCUACUUCAACAAAGGGCUCUGA